GCUGCCAGUCCCUGAGGUCCCGCCUUGCCCCAUCCCAGGCACCAUAAAAAAAGCAGGACAGCUGAUAGAGUGCAGUUGGUGCUUGCUUCUUCUGUGCUGCUGCUUUGCUCGUCUCCAGCAGCUGCCAUGGCCUCUGCUGUGCCCCACGAGGAAGAGGCUGCCCAGAGCUCCCCAGAGAUGGAGAAGGAGGAGGAGCAGGAGGCUGCAGUGAAGGAGGUGGCCAAUCUGAGCCUGGUGAGCUCUGCCUGUGAGGUGGUUUCUGCAGCUUGUGACUUCAGCAAGGAGAGCCAGCCCUGCCUGAGCUCUGUGUGCGAUGCUGCAGAGAAGGGAGUGCAGAGUGUGACCCAGGCCACGGCCAGCUGUGUGCAGCCCACGCUGGCCAACCUGGAGCCCCAUGUGUGUGCAGUGAGUGAACAUGCUGCCAAGGGUUUGGAAAAACUGGGGGAGGAGCUGCCACUCGUUCCAAAGCUAGUGGAACAGAUGCUGCCUGGCACAAAGGAGCUGCUGUCAUCCACCGUGGCUGAGGUGAAGGAGGCUGUGAGCAGCAGAGUGCUGGAGGCCCUGGAUGUCACCAGGGUCACCCUGCAGGGCAGCGAGGGGACAGCCACACCUGCAGUGACCAGUCUGGAGCCUGCAGUGCCACAGAGGGGUGUCCUUGGAGCAGAGGCUGUGCUGGGGACAGCAGAAGGUGACUCUCUCCCCAUUGGAAAUGAGGAGCUAGCCCAGCUGGCAGUGUCUGAGGAGGGCAUGGCAGCUCUGCCCCUGGAGCAGCAGCAGCAGCACCUGGACUCUCUCCCUGAGGAUCUGUGCCUCUUGGCACCGCUGCACUGCCCAGCCAGGAUCCAGCAGCUCUUGCAGGGCCUGCAGGGGGCAAUGGUACAGCUCCACUGCAUGCUCAAGCUGAUUGACGCAUUGCAACAAUUUAAUCGAAAGCUUCAGGAGGAGAAGGCGGAACUCCACCAGAUGUGGCUGGACUGGACUAGGAAGUAUCUGAAAGAGAGUGGAGAUGAGAGUCCUGCAGAGCCUGAGGAGAUGGAGUGUGGGACACUGCUGACGGCCCGCAGGAUCAGCCAGCAGCUGCAGCUCUCCUGCUCUGAGCUGGUGGCUGCCGUGCAGGACCUGCCCUGCACCCUGCCGGACGCGCUGCAGACGGCUCGGUGUGCCAUCAGCGAGCUGCGUGCUGCUUUCUUAGGGGCAAGCUCCUCCCAGGACUUGCCCGGCAGUGUCCUGACCGAGAGCCAGAGGGAGCUGGCUGUGAUGCAGGAGUACAUUGAGGCGCAGCUGGAUUACCUGAAGAAAAACGCUCCUCUGUCCGGGCUGGUGGGACCCUCCUCCCCCAGGGAGGAGGAGGAGGAGGCAGGGGCAGCAGGAGCUGGGCACCUGGAAACCUCCAGCACCCUCAUGUAAAGCAAUAAUGGCUGUUGGCAUGAAACCCUCAGUAAGUGGAAAGUGUAAACAAUUGUCUUCCUAAAAGCUGCUUGUACUGGGUGAUAACUGCUUAAAAUAAAACUGCUGCAUACAAAAA